AUGUCUGAUGAAUUAAAUGAACAAAUGAACAACAUGUCCUAUGAGACAUUUAGAUCAACGCUUACAGCGUACCCUGAUACAUUACUUGGAAUCAUGUUUUCAGAGCGAAAUAAGGAAAUGUUACAUCCAACAAAUGUCAAUGAAUAUUUUUUUGAUCGGGAUGGUUAUAUAUUUAGAUACAUUUUACAAUAUUAUCGAACGGGACAAGUUCAUUGGCCGGAAUUUUCGUCACCAUAUCAAGUUAAUAAUUCUUCCAUAGACUUGGUUCAAGGGGUAACAAAAACCUUCACAUCAUCACCAUCACCGUCAUCAAAUAAUCUCGAAGGUGGAAGGAUGGAUAAUUUGGCUGGAUUCGGAGGAACGAGUUGUCCAACGUUACCAUUUACACGAGCGGAAUUAGAACAAGAAUUGUUAUUUUUUUUAAUUCCAACAAAAUCGGAUGAUGAUUUGAUUGAAUCUCUGUUACAUGAAGAAACUUCAAGCAUUAACUCCACCCAAUCAUUGACAUUUGCAAAUAAAGCGGUAGUAGAUAAUGUUAAUGGAUUUUUAUAUGCGUUAAAAGAGGUGAUGUAUUGUGUGGCGUCAUUAUUUGAGAAGAAGAUCAUGAUCACAUUUUAUCACGACAGGCAACAACCGAUUUUUAAACUAAUACCACCAAACCCAAAUAUCAUCGUGAACGAAUUGGCCCCCUUUAACGAGAAAAUCAAAAAUAUUUUAAUACCUUAUGCCGGCGUUGGUUAUACUUUAUUAAUGAAUUUUGAAAAUGAGAUCGAGGCUUGGAUGAAGGAAGAGAUCAAAGAGUUAAAAUGGACUAUGGAAAAACCUGGUGGUUUGCCUAAUAGAUUUGUUUUACAUUUAAAUUUUAAUGAUAAAUUUUUAAAACAACAAAUUUUAAAAAAUAGUUUAUUGGCUAAAGAAGUUCAAGCGGAAGUGGAAGUGGAAUAG